CCAACCAAACAAGCCUCUGCUUGACCAGAGUCCCGGCCCGUGCACACCCAACCCAUCCAGCUCGGCCGAGACGAGCUCAAGUUCAUCCAGACCACGAAGUGACGUCACUCAAGCUUCCCCGGGCCCGGCCCGGCCCGGCCCACCCAGUCAUAGCCAACUACACGACACAACCUGCCUUCCUUGGUUCCUCCACCCCGUCCUCCCCUGUCCCGUCGCGUCAGCCACUCGCCGCGGCCAACUACCGCCGCCGCUGUUGCAGCCGCCCAUCUGCUUCCAUCGCGUCGCGGAGGCCGCUCGCUUCGCCGCCGCACGCUCCGCUCUUCCGGUGCCCUCCUCCGGGACCCUCGGCCACGCCGCGUCGCCUUAAACCCUAGAUCUGCGCUCCCCGCCCCCGCGCUGGCCGCGGCCGCGUACUGACGCCGGCACGCUGCCGAUCUCCAUACGUCGCUCGAUCCCAGGUUUAGCUGCUUCGAAUUUAGAUAAGUUUCUUCCAUGCAUCGUGUUGGAAGUGCUGGUAACACGGCUGGCUCGACUCGACCGAGAAAGGAGAAGCGCUUCACAUAUGUGCUCAAUGAUGCUGAUGAUAAAAAGCAUUGUGCAGGAAUCAAUUGCAUGGCUUAUCUAAAUGGUUCUACAUUUAGUACAAGUGAUUACCUUUUUAGCGGGAGUCGUGAUGGUACCUUGAAAAGAUGGGAAUUAAAUAAUGGGGAUGCAAGUUUCUCAGCAACUUUUGAGUCUCAUGUUGAUUGGGUUAAUGAUGCCAUUAUAGUUGGAGAAAAGCUUGUUUCCUGUUCCUCAGACACCACAAUAAAGGUCUGGAAUUGCUUCUCCGAUGGUGCUUGUACCAGGACUUUCCGCCAGCAUUCUGAUUAUGUGAUUUGUCUUGCUGCUGCUGAGAAGAAUAGCAAUAUUGUAGCCUCUGGUGGUCUUGGUGGUGAGGUUUUUGUUUGGGACCUUGAUGCUGCUCUUGCUCCUGUAGCCAAAUCUGUGGACGCAAAAGAAGACGAGGUUCCUAAUGGAAACUCAGGGCCUCCUUUGACAACAUUGUGCAGUGUAAAUUCUAGUAGCAAUAUUGCUUCCUCUAAUAGUCAAUCACAUGGGUACAGUCCAAUUGCUGCCAAAGGUCACAAAGAUUCAGUUUACGCAUUGGCUAUGAAUGAUACAGGAACUCUUCUUCUCUCUGGUGGCACUGAAAAGGUUGUCCGGGUGUGGGAUCCGAGGACAGGUUCAAAAAACAUGAAAUUGAGGGGGCACACUGACAAUAUCAGGGCCUUACUUGUUGAUUCUACAGGGAGGUAUUGCCUAUCAGGAUCAUCUGAUUCGAUGAUAAGACUAUGGGAUCUAGGACAACAGCGUUGUGUUCAUUCUUAUGCUGUGCAUACUGAUUCAGUUUGGGCGCUUGCAACCACUCAUUCGUUUGGUCAUGUCUACAGUGGUGGAAGAGACCAAUCUGUAUACCUAACAGACUUAUCCACAAGAGAGAGUGUUUUACUUUGCACAAAUGAAUGCCCUAUUCUACAGUUGUCUCUGCAAGAUGACACAAUAUGGGUGGCAACAACUGAUUCUUCUGUAUAUGGAUGGCCAGCUGAAGGGCUCACACCCCAAAAGGUUUUCCAAAAGGGUGGCUCAUUCUUAGCUGGGAAUUUGUCAUUCUCAAGGGCAAGAGCUUCUUUAGAAGGAUCAGCACCUGUCCCUGUAUACAAAGAGCCAUCUUUUGUCGUCCCAGGGGUUCCAGCAAUAGUUCAACAUGAAAUAAUGAAUAAUAGAAGGCAUGUACUGACAAAGGAUACCACUGGUUCAGUCAAAUUGUGGGAGAUCACCCGGGGUGCUGUUAUUGAAGACUUUGGCAAGGUUUCAUUUGAGGAUAAGAAAAAGGAGUUGUUUGAGAUGGUAAGCAUACCUGCUUGGUUCACCAUGGAUGCUCGAUUAGGAUGCUUGUCUGUCCACCUGGAUACUCCACAAUGCUUUUCUGCAGAAAUAUAUGCAGUUGAUCUAAAUGUUUCUGGAGCACAAGAAGAUCUCAAGAUUAAUUUGGCUCAUGAUACCCUUUGUGGCUUGCUAGUUCAUUGGAGUAAAAGAAAGCAGAAAUCUAGUUCGCAUGGCUUGCCUAAUGGUGAUAGUUCAAUAGGGAAAGAUGUUCCGUCAAAAGACUCGCACCGAUCAAGAACUGAGGUGGAUGACACAACUGAAAACCACACAACUCAUGUGCUCCCAUCAUUUGAGUUUUCUACAGUUUCACCUCCAUCAAUUAUCACAGAAGGUUCUAGUGGAGGGCCUUGGAGAAAGAGAAUUACUGAUUUGGAUGGAACCGAAGGUGAUCUACCUUGGUGGUGUGUGGACUGUGUUACUCACAAUCGAUAUCCAAAGGAAAAUACAAAGUGUGGCUUUUAUUUACAUCCUGCUGAAGGUUCGCCUGCGCCAAACAUAACUCAAGGGAAGCUUAGUGCUCCACGGAUAUUACGAAUUCACAAGGUUGCUAACUAUGUGGUUGAGAAACUCGUUCUUGACAAACCAUUGGAUGGAGGCUCUGAUAGUACGUUUGUUAUGGGAUUGAGUUCUGCUCAAUCACAGCUCUCACAGCUAGAUAGUUCUUCGCGGCUUGGACUAAAGCCAUGGCAAAAAACAAAGCCAUGUAUUGAGGUAUUGUGCAAUAACCAGGUUCUAUCACCAGAUAUGAGUUUGGCUACAGUGCGAACAUAUAUAUGGAAGAAGCCGGAAGAUUUGAUUCUUCAUUAUAGAGUGGUCCAAUCGAGAUGAUCACGGCUUCAGAUGUACAUGCUCACAUGGUUCUCCAGAUAUGUCCCAGCAUGUCCGCACCUUUAGAUGGUGUGGUUGAAGAUGCCUUUGGCUUAGAGAGGAAGCAUCAUCUUCACAGAGGAAAUAUUUUGCUCUUGCUCCGCCCUCCCCCCGGUAGCUGUUCCCAGAAUCGACUUGUUCGCUUCUCUGUAAAGUUCCUGACCUUGCCCUGGUAGUAAGAUGUAUCAUAGCACAGGUAUAAGGCUCUCUGCUGGCUGCCGAGCUUGUAAAUGUAGAAGAUUAGGUGCUUAAUAAAAGAUCGAAAGGAUAUGUUUUUUCUUUCGUUUUUCUUUGACAGCAUUUGUAAGAAAAAAAAAGAGGCUGACGCUCGGCCCAGAUCGUGGCGCUCCGACGUCGAUUAUUGGAUUUAACCCCGCCGAUCCCCUUGGAGGUGUUUGGUUGAGACCAGGGUAAGAGGUGGACGGGAACCCGGGAACAAUAAAGCUGUUUUUGGGACAUGUUGAUGUCGGGAGCUACUUUACCUCUCAUCCUUCAACAAUUGUUCUAUAUACUCUAUAGGGCUAUUUUAGUUUUUUUUGUUUUUUGCUAGCGAGAAAUCAGAAAUAAAUGAUUGCUUUGUUUUGAUAAUCAAAGCUGUUGGAUCAUGGUCUCA